GCGAGGCGAGGCGGGGCGAAGGAGCGCGUGCGGGGCUAAGGCGGAGCGCUGGGGCUGCGGGAGCCGCGUACUGCAGCCGCCAUUUUGUGGAGCUCAGCGCCAGCGGAGGGGGGCCGAGUGGGCAGCGCGGCCGCAAGCCCGGAGCCAGAUGACUACUGAAGCAAUGGCUACCGAGCAAAUGAAUGGCAAUGGAAUAGAGGAAUCCAUAGAAACGUCCACUGCCCUCGUUCGGUCUGAACACUACCAGACACUACUCACCGCCGGCUUACCGCGAAAGGUAGCGGAUAAACUAGAUGACAUUUAUUUAGCAGGCUUAGUGUCUCAUAGUGAUUUAGAUGAAAGAGCACUUGAUGCUUUGAGGGAGUUCAAUGAAGACGGUGCAUUGUCGGUGCUACAGCAAUUUAAGGAAAGUGAUCUUUCGCACGUUCAGAAUAAAAGUGCCUUUCUAUGUGGUGUAAUGAAGACCUACAGACAGAGAGAAAAGCAAGGAUCUAAGGUGACAGAUGCUAAUAAAGGACCUGACGAGACAAAAAUAAAGGCUCUCUUAGAAAGGACAGGCUAUACGCUUGAUGUUACCACAGGGCAGCGGAAGUACGGUGGUCCCCCGCCUGAUGCUGUGCAUUCGGGUCCUCAACCUAACAGUGGUACUGAGAUAUUUGUAGGAAAAAUACCAAGGGAUCUUUUUGAAGAUGAACUUGUUCCCCUUUUUGAAAAAGCUGGGCCAAUUUGGGAUUUGCGUCUGAUGAUGGAUCCUUUAACUGGCUUAAAUCGAGGGUAUGCUUUCGUCACAUUUUGCUCCAAGGAUUCAGCGCAGGAGGCUGUCAAAUUGUGCGAUAACCAUGAAAUUCGGCCCGGUAAACACAUUGGUGUUUGCAUUUCUGUGGCAAACAACAGACUUUUCGUGGGAUCCAUUCCAAAAAGCAAGACAAAAGAACAAAUAAUGGAAGAAUUUGGAAAAGUUACAGAGGGGCUCACAGACGUGAUAUUGUAUCAUCAACCCGACGACAAGAAGAAGAAUAGGGGUUUCUGCUUCUUGGAGUUUGAGGAUCAUAAAUCUGCAGCCCAGGCAAGACGCAGGCUUAUGAGUGGGAAAGUGAAGGUGUGGGGUAACGUUGUAACGGUGGAAUGGGCAGACCCCAUCGAGGAUCCUGAUCCAGAGGUCAUGUCAAAGGUGAAGGUGCUGUUUGUUCGUAAUUUGGCCAGUACAGUAACGGAAGAAUUACUAGAAAAAACCUUCAGUCACUUUGGCAAACUGGAACGGGUGAAGAAACUCAAAGAUUAUGCUUUUGUUCACUUUGAUGAAAGAGACGGCGCUGUAAAGGCAAUGAAUGAAAUGAAUGGGAAGGACCUAGAAGGUGAAAAUAUUGAAAUUGUUCUUGCUAAGCCACCGGACAAGAAGAAGAAGGAACGCCAGGCUCAGAGGCAAGCUGCUAGAUCUCAGCUGUAUGAGGAUUACUAUUACUACCCUCCACCCCGUAUGCCCCCUCCAACACGAAACAGAAAUCGUGGAGCCAGAGGAGGUUACAGUUAUCCACUAGAUUACUAUAGUUAUGAAGAUUAUUAUGAUUAUUAUGGCUACGAUUACCAUGAUUAUCGUGGAGGAUAUGAAGAUCCAUAUUAUGGUUAUGAUGAUUAUCAAACAACUGCUAUAGGAAGAAGUGGCAGAAGUGGAAGAGGUGCAACUCCCAUUCGAGGUCGUGGAGUUUCCCAACCACGAAGAUCUGGAUUCUCACAACGUGGUCAAAUGGCAGGGAGAGGUGCUCGUGGUGCAAGAGGGGGUUCCCAGGCACAGCAGAGAGCCCGCGGGCAGGAAAACGAGGUCGAGGCCGGUCCUGACCUGUUUUGAUGACGACUGACUUGCAGAGGUUACACUGGAAGCUGCUAAAGGAGAUGAUGGUAAGACUCCAGACCAGGACGCCAAAUGGAGACCAGGAACGCCAAGGAAAAGAGCUUCAGAUGUCAACAUAUAUGGACUGUAAUUUUUAAAUUUUGUAUAGCAAAUUUACCUUUUUUUGUAAUAUACAGGGGUAGUGGUGGGUGAUGACCAUUGUUUUGUGUCAGAUGGUUUCAUAAUGCAAUAUUCAUACAAUACCAGACUUGCGCAGAAAACUUAAAAACCAUGUCCAAGCCAUUGCAUUCACGUCCAGCUGAUUGUGGUUCUCGUGUUAUUGCUCAUCACUACCUCACUGCAGUUCGAUAACUCAUUAUUCCUGAAGAGGACUGCUUGCAGAUGGAAGUGUAAUCACCAAUAUUUCAGGUAGUUGAGCAUUCCAGAUUGGUUCUUUUCUGAACCUAACUUUAAAAAAAGAGGGUUGUUAUACACAUCUCACUAACGGAGGAGUGAAUUACCCUUUAUGUACUGUAUAUAUAGAGAACUGAACAAGAGCAAGGCUUGUUUUCCUAUAUUUGCCACAAAGAAAAUCUGUUAUAUUUUAUUGCUGGCUUAGUUUUUUGUUUUAUUCAGCACCCUUAUUAUUUCUGGCCAAAUUAGGGUGUUGGAAAAUCAUUAGUGGUACCCUAUCUUUAUUACAAAUGACUGUAAACAAACCUUGCUCUUGUCUCUGAAACUGCUAUCUUGCUUUUUCAGAUACUAUAGUUAACCUUAGGCUGUAUGAUAGUUGAAGGAGUUGUUACUCUAAGUACUGAAAUGUUGGAAAUUGGAAAUUCGAUGCGACAAAAAAAUGUACAAUUUAAAAUAAAGUACAAUAUCCCUUUUGAUAGUUUUGUAUGGGCUAGUCUUACAAUUUAUGAAAUUGCACAUAUCUUUGUGUUCUAAUGAAGUUGAUACAAAUCAGGUUCACUAAUCCACUUUGUUUGGAUUUGAUGUGUAUACUCGUAAGUGAGCACACUUUUUGUUACAGUGCCCUGCUGACUCAGUGGCAAUUUAUUUUUGUAAAAGCCUUUCACGAAUGUAAUCUUUUGACCUAGAGGUUUUUCCAAUUUAUUUUCUCUGGUUCCUAAAGUCAGAUAGUGUAGCCUCACAAAUGCCAGUUAUAAACAGGAUAGGAUGCUGAUCUACAACUAUAGAAUGAAUAUAAUUACACUUUUAUUCCCCCAGGAAGUUUAUCUGGUAUAACAUUAGAAUAUGGACUCUUGGUUGGUUAGAUACUUUGAAUAAUGUGGAAUAAUGCUUUAGAAAAGGCUAAAUGGUUUUUGAACAUGAGUUAAUAGCCAGCUUAAAUUGGCGAAGAUGCAUAAUUCAUACAAAAUUAUCUUUGGGUAAAUAUCCUUGAGUUACUUUGUUUGUACCAUCCUUUUGGGAUGGGAUGCUUGUGCUAACACUGCAUUGAUGCAUUGUGGUUGAUGAGUCAGACUUAGAAAAAGUGGCUAUGGUUUUCAGCACCUGAGGAUUAACCUAGUGCUAUGGUGACUUGUUUUUGUUCCGAAUUGAACAUUGUUUGAGAGGAUAUUAUAUUCUAAACCUUAGACCAUUUUAAAAACUGAGUAUCGUAGUCGUUGAACCAUGCAGAAAUUUGUGCUUCAUCUUUGUGCCAUGGUGGUUUCAUUUGGGGUUGAUUGCAGCUGUGCAUCAGGAAUGGAAAAUCAAUAGGGCUCCUCUGGCAUUCAAGUUCAAGUUCGGUUUAUUGUCACUUAACCAAUUAAGGUACAGUGAAAUUCCCCUCUGAAAUAGUUCUAUAGUCAAUUUCUGCCUUCACUGAGGUUUGUGAAUAUUUGUCAUGUAGUGUACAUGCUAAAGGAUAUGAGUAACUGUGCCUUGACCAGCAAUUCAUAGUUUCUGGAGAAAUGGGGGAAAAGUUGGUUCGGAUAUUUAAGAAACAUUUUUUUGUAGAAAUGACGAUAUGAAUGCUGAGGCAUCAGAUUUUAAAGUGAAAGAUGGCUGUGUUUGCAUCAGUGCUAUUAAGAUCUGCAAGGUUUCAUGGUCUUUUGUGCCGAUGCAUUUUUAUCCAGUACUCGUUCUGUGUUGGGAUGUGAAUGCUGCAUUUCUGUCAAUUGCUAUAAUCAUGUAACACUGACACAGUAAAUAAGAAUAGCCUUGUAGUUUAUUUUGCAUUUGUAAAUGUGCAAGGGACAUGAGGAUGAGUUACUACCUAUACAAUGGCAUGGAUGUGUUGUUCCGACCAGGGUUUGUGGAAAAUUGUGGAUCAGGGCCACGUAGAUGAAUGGGGCCAAGAAAAUGGAACAAAGGUCUAGAUUCUAGGUAAAAUUCUGAACAGAAGACUAAGAUACGUGAGAGGUUUUUUUUUCCUUUAUUUUAUUACAAUUCAGAUCUGCCUGUUAAAAAAGGGAUAUUGUAGUUUAAAGUCUACCCCAAAGUUUGCAAAUAGAUGAUGAAAGGUUAAAAUCUGGAUGUGAAUCAAUAACACUCAAGGAGAAAACUACCUGAUCAAUCAUUGCUUUCGUCCGUCUAUGGAACUGGAGAUGUUACUUGUCCUGAAAGGACCUUGCUGCCAAGUACAGCAAGAAUUCAUUGGCAUUGACCAUCAUUGUUUCAUUCCUGCAGAUAAACAUUGUUUUAUACUGUAAGCUGGAGGUGAGUGUAACUUAUUUUUGUAAUAAAGAUUUUGAUUUUUAAA